AUGGCUAACCUAUAUGAGGCCCAGUCUGAACUGUUCCUUGGUUUCAUUCCCCUGUGGACUGUUCCUUCUCAGGCUACAGUCCUGGAGAUUUUGUUCCAGAAUACCAAGGGCUGGGCUAGUGGCCUGCCCACAUCCUCCACUGGCAACCGCUUCCAGCUCUGGUCCCUGAGCCUCUCCAGAACAGAGCGGCAUCUUGCCAGGCGCCUCAAGAAUAACAGCUUUUACCCAUUCACCCAGCAGCAACCUGGCGUCCUUGUGCUAGAGUAUUACCUGGAUACACUCUGGAAGGGGACCCUGCUCUUCGUCGUCUGCCUGGUCCUGGUCAGCUUAGACAUCCUGUGGCAGGCGGAGAAGCAGGUGACCUGGGCCGUCUCGGCCUAUGGCAUGUGCGUGGGCCUGUGGCUGCUGAUCUCAUCGCUGCCUCUGCGCCGUUUGGUGCUGAACCACACGCGCGGCAUGUACCACUUCUCCAUCCGGGGUCGCACCGUGUGCCAGGGGCCCAUGCACCUGGUCUAUGUGCGCCUGGCGCUCAACUCCGACGCCAAAGGAAGGCGCUUCUUCCAACUGGUCCUCUGCGGCCACAAGCUGGAGCCGCUGGUGCUGAUUCAGCUGUCAGAGCGCUACGAACACAUGGAAUAUCUGGGCCGUCACAUUGCUCGGAAACUCAGUAUCAACUACUUCGACUACCUAGUCACAUCUUACCGGCACGAGAUCCGCCACUGGCCGCUGGGGGCCGCCUUUAGUCCAGGGAUCGUGACACGGAAGGACCACAUCUGAAAAAAAGACUGGCUGCUUUGCAGCGAUCUGGAUUUGUGACCUGAAGCCUGUCUGGCUUCAGCCCCUAUCUGCUAGCUCUGGGAGACCUUCCACAU